UUCUUGAUUAUUCAUUAACCAAACUCGCCUUGUUCUCUUCUCUUCGCGGCCAGUCCGUCCGAUUUUACAACGAGCCCGACUGCGUCGGUCCUCUAUCCCUUCCUUUUCUAUUCCAUCACGCCAUCCCGUUGCAUCUUUCACCGCCGCAAUGAAGUUCUCGACAUUGGCCCUCUUCUUCUCUUCCCAGCUGCUGCUGGCGACCUCGCUGCCCCUCUCCGCCAACCCUGCGACCAGCCUAGUCCUCCGGAACGACGCCCCGGUGGCGGGCUUGGGCAUGGCGAAGCGGGUGCCCGCCGAGGCCGCUCCCGGCAAGGCCGAGGAAGAAGCCAAGGAGGGCGCCGAGAAGGGCGCCGAGGAAGAAGCCAAGGAGGGCGAGCAGGAGCUCGAGGGCCAGUUCACCGUCGCCUUGCGGCUGGGCGGCGCAAACGUCAAGCAGGACAUCCUCUUUCCCCCCGGCACCAACGGCCGUCUCGAAGUCGAGUUCCAAAACUCCGUCGGCCGCACCCUCACCGUCACCGAGAACAGGAGUCCGGCAGCCGCGCCUCCGGGCUUCGUGGCCGUCGAGCCCGUCUCCUACAGCAUCAACCUGGCCGAGGGCGCCCAGGGCCUGACUCUGUCCAAGGUCGACUACAUCAUCAAUCCCGGCAACGCGUUGGACAUCAGCAAGGGACAAAUCGGCCGCCUCUUCAAGGAGAUCAACGCCUUCAUCAUCGACCCCGCCCUCGGCGAGCUCGAGUUCGAGGCCGAGGAGAACGAGCUGACGCUCACGGUCGCCAACAUGAACGGCGAGUUCGCCAUCUUCGUCCCGCAGGCCGCUGCGGCCGCGCCUCCGGCCGCAGCGCAGGCAUAGACGUCUGGAAGGGGGAGGGAGGAGGGAAGCCAAGGAAACAAUCACGUCCUCAAGGGCGUGGUAGCAGGCUGUCUGGGCUAGUGUGUGUGUGUGUGUGUGUGUGAGAGAGAGACAGAGAGAGAGAGAGAGAGGGCGACGAGAUGGAAAACUUUUGCCGAAUUCCUUAUUUUAAUCCACAUCAAAACACUUUUUUUCCACUUCGCCUUCAACAUCUUACCUGAGGUUGCCUCUUUCCGCUUGGAUGAGAUCGAAUACGAGACGGGCUCAACUGGUGAGACUUGAUACUGGGCAACCAGUAUGUCUCACAAGCUGGGUUCCAAGUCCACAACGCCUCCUGACCAUCGUCGCAUUGAGUCCAUCUAGCUUGAUCGCCACAUCUUGACGCUCU